UGUAUUAUUCAUUUAAAAUGUAUUAAAUAUAUUUUAUGAUAACUUACCCUCCAAAUAUAUGUAUAUGGGUGUAAUUGAAGACGUUUCAGUUAAGUGAGGUUACUGGUGUAUUGGAUGUUUAAUUCAGCACCGGCAUUGCAUGACAGUUAUUGGAAUAACAAGUGGUUUAUUUCUGAAACCACACCUUUUAAAAUUUAAGUUCAAAUAGUAAAUAGUCAAACUUGUAAUAACAAUUUAGAAGCAAAUCAACAGAAAUCGAAGCAAACAUGUCCGGAGAAGUGCGUUUGAGGCAACUGGAGCAAUUUAUUUUGGAUGGGCCGGCUCAGACCAAUGGGCAGUGCUUCAGCGUGGAGACCUUACUGGAUAUACUCAUCUGCCUUUAUGAUGAAUGCAAUAAUUCUCCAUUGAGAAGAGAGAAGAACAUUCUUGAAUACCUAGAAUGGGCUAAACCAUUUACUUCUAAAGUGAAACAAAUGCGAUUACAUAGAGAAGACUUUGAAAUAUUAAAGGUGAUUGGUCGAGGAGCUUUUGGGGAGGUCGCUGUAGUAAAACUAAAAAAUGCAGAUAAGGUAUUUGCCAUGAAAAUUUUGAAUAAAUGGGAAAUGCUGAAAAGAGCUGAGACAGCAUGUUUUCGUGAAGAACGGGAUGUGUUAGUGAAUGGAGACAAUAAAUGGAUUACAACUUUGCACUAUGCUUUCCAGGAUGACAAUAACUUAUACCUGGUUAUGGAUUAUUAUGUUGGUGGGGAUUUGCUUACUCUGCUCAGCAAAUUUGAAGAUAGAUUGCCUGAAGAUAUGGCUCGAUUUUACUUGGCUGAGAUGGUGAUAGCAAUUGACUCAGUUCAUCAACUACAUUAUGUGCACAGAGACAUCAAACCUGACAAUAUAUUGAUGGAUAUGAAUGGACAUAUUCGGUUAGCAGAUUUUGGUUCUUGUCUGAAGCUGAUGGAAGAUGGAACGGUCCAGUCCUCGGUGGCAGUUGGGACCCCAGAUUACAUUUCUCCUGAAAUCCUUCAAGCAAUGGAAGAUGGAAAAGGCAGAUAUGGACCUGAGUGUGACUGGUGGUCUUUGGGGGUCUGUAUGUAUGAAAUGCUGUAUGGAGAAACACCAUUCUAUGCAGAAUCUCUGGUGGAGACAUAUGGGAAAAUUAUGAAUCACAAAGAGAGAUUUCAGUUUCCACCCCAAGUGACUGAUGUAUCUGAAAAUGCUAAGGAUCUUAUUCGAAGACUUAUUUGUAGCAGAGAGCAUCGACUUGGUCAAAAUGGAAUAGAAGACUUUAAGAAACAUCCAUUUUUUAGUGGAAUUGAUUGGGAUAAUAUUAGAAACUGUGAAGCACCUUAUAUUCCAGAAGUUAGUAGCCCAACAGAUACAUCGAAUUUUGAUGUAGAUGAUGACUGUUUAAAAAAUUCUGAAACAAUGCCUCCACCAACACAUACUGCAUUUUCUGGUCAUCAUCUGCCAUUUGUUGGUUUUACUUAUACUAGUAGUUGUGUUCUUUCUGAUCGGAGCUGUUUAAGAGUCACAGCUGGUCCCACCUCACUGGAUCUCGAUGUUAAUGUCCAGAGGACUCUUGAUAACAACUUAGCAACAGAAGCUUAUGAGAGAAGAAUUAAGCGUCUUGAACAGGAAAAACUUGAACUUAGUAGAAAGCUUCAAGAGUCAACACAGACCGUCCAAGCUCUACAGUAUUCAACUGUUGAUGGUCCACUAACAGCAAGCAAGGAUUUAGAAAUAAAAACCUUAAAAGAAGAAAUUGAAAAACUAAGGAAACAAGUAGAAGAGUCGAGUCAUUUGGAGCAGCAACUUGAAGAAGCUAAUUCUGUGAGGCGAGAAUUAGAUGAUGCUUUUAGACAAAUCAAGGCUUAUGAAAAACAAAUCAAAACUUUACAACAAGAAAGGGAAGAGCUAAAUAAGGAACUAGUCCAGGCUAGUGAGCGAUUAAAAAACCAAUCCAAAGAGCUGAAAGACGCACACUGUCAGAGGAAACUGGCCAUGCAGGAAUUUAUGGAGAUCAAUGAGCGGCUAACAGAAUUGCACACCCAAAAACAGAAACUUGCUCGCCAUGUCCGAGAUAAGGAAGAAGAGGUGGACCUGGUGAUGCAAAAAGUUGAAAGCUUAAGGCAAGAGCUGCGCAGAACAGAAAGAGCCAAAAAAGAGCUGGAAGUUCAUACUGACGCUCUAGUUGCUGAAGCAUCUAAAGACAGGAAACUGCGGGAGCAGAGCGAGCACUACUCUAAACAACUGGAGAAUGAAUUGGAAGGACUGAAGCAAAAGCAAAUUAGUUAUUCACCUGGAGUUUGCAGCAUAGAACAUCAGCAAGAGAUAAACAAACUAAAGACUGAUUUAGAAAAGAAAAGUAUCUUUUAUGAAGAAGAAUUAUCUAAAAGAGAAGGAAUACAUGCAAAUGAGAUUAAAAAUCUGAAGAAAGAACUGCAUGAUUCAGAAGGCCAGCAACUUGCUCUCAACAAAGAAAUUAUGGUUUUAAAAGACAAACUGGAAAAAACCAGGAGAGAAAGUCAAAGUGAAAGAGAAGAAUUUGAAAAUGAGUUUAAACAACAGUAUGAACGAGAAAAAGUGUUACUAACUGAAGAAAAUAAAAAGUUGACAAGUGAACUUGAUAAGCUUACUACUUUGUAUGAGAAUUUAAGUAUGCGCAACCAACAGUUAGAAGAAGAGGUGAAAGAUAUAGCAGACAAGAAAGAAUCAGUUGCACAUUGGGAAGCCCAAAUCACGGAAAUAAUUCAGUGGGUCAGUGAUGAAAAGGAUGCACGAGGCUAUCUUCAGGCCUUAGCUUCUAAAAUGACUGAAGAAUUGGAAGCAUUAAGAAGUGCCAGCUUGGGUACACGAGCAACUGAUAUGCCCUGGAAAAUGCGUCGUUUUGCAAAACUGGAUAUGUCAGCUAGACUGGAAUUGCAGUCAGCUCUGGAUGCAGAAAUAAGAGCCAAACAGGCCAUCCAAGAAGAGCUGAAUAAAGUUAAAGCAGCUAACAUCAUAACAGAAUGUAAACUAAAAGAUUCAGAGAAGAAGAACUUGGAACUCCUAUCAGAAAUCGAACAACUGAUAAAGGACACUGAAGAGCUUAGAUCUGAAAAGGGUAUAGAGCACCAAGACUCACAGCAUUCUUUCUUGGCAUUUUUGAAUACGCCUACCGAUGCUCUGGAUCAAUUUGAACGCUCUCCAUCCUGUACUCCAGCUAGCAAAGGCAGACGUACUGAUCCCGUUGAAAACACUUAUGUAUGGAACCUGAGCAUCAAGUAUGUAAACAUCCAGUCAAGGUCCACAAGUCCUUCCAUAUCUAGUGAAGCUGAGCCAGUUAAGAUUGCAGACAGUGCUCCACCUCCAGUUCACACACCAACCUUAAGGAAAAAGGGAUGCCCUGGUUCAACUGGUUUUCCACCUAAGCGCAAGACUCACCAGUUUUUUGUAAAAUCAUUCACUAUUCCUACUAAAUGUCAUCAGUGUACCUCUUUGAUGGUGGGUUUGAUAAGACAGGGUUGCUCAUGUGAAGUGUGUGGAUUCUCAUGUCAUAUAACUUGUGUAAAUAAGGCUCCAACCGCUUGUCCAGUUCCCCCUGAGCAGACAAAAGGUCCCCUGGGUAUUGAUCCACAGAAAGGAAUAGGAACAGCAUAUGAAGGUCAUGUCAGGAUCCCUAAGCCAGCUGGAGUGAAGAAAGGAUGGCAGAGAGCACUUGCUGUGGUUUGUGACUUCAAACUUUUUCUAUACGAUAUUGCUGAAGGAAAAGCAUCUCAGCCCAGUGUUGUCAUUAGUCAAGUAAUUGACAUGAGAGAUGAAGAAUUUUCUGUGAGUUCAGUCUUGGCCUCUGAUGUUAUUCAUGCAAGUCGAAAAGAUAUACCCUGUAUAUUUAGAGUCACAGCUUCCCAGCUGUCAGCAUCCAAUAACAAGUGUUCAAUCCUGAUGCUAGCAGAUAGUGAGAAUGAGAAGAGUAAGUGGGUGGGAGUGCUGAGUGAAUUGCACAAGAUACUGAAGAAAAACAAAUUCAGAGACCGCUCAGUCUAUGUUCCCAAAGAGGCUUAUGAUAGCACUCUACCCCUCAUUAAAACAACCCAGGCAGCUGCAAUCAUAGAUCACGAAAGAAUAGCUUUAGGAAAUGAAGAAGGGUUAUUUGUUGUACAUGUCACCAAAGAUGAAAUUAUCAGAGUUGGUGACAAUAAGAAGAUUCAUCAGAUUGAACUUAUUCCAAAUGAUCAGCUUGUUGCUGUGAUCUCAGGACGAAAUCGUCACGUACGACUUUUUCCUAUGUCAGCUUUGGACGGGCGAGAGACAGAUUUUUACAAGUUGGCAGAAACUAAAGGGUGUCAAACUAUAACUUCUGGAAAGAUGCGCCAUGGAGCUCUUACAUGCCUGUGUGUGGCUAUGAAAAGGCAGGUUCUCUGUUAUGAACUAUUUCAGAGCAAGACCCGUCACAGAAAAUUUAAAGAAAUUCAAGUCCCAUAUAAUGUCCAGUGGAUGGCAAUCUUCAGCGAACAGCUCUGUGUGGGAUUCCAGUCAGGAUUUCUAAAAUACCCCUUGAAUGGAGAAGGAAAUCCAUACAGUAUGCUCCAUUCAAAUGACCACACACUAUCAUUUAUUGCACAUCAACCAAUGGAUGCUAUCUGCGCAGUUGAGAUCUCCAGUAAAGAAUACCUGCUGUGUUUUAACAGCAUUGGGAUAUACACUGACUGCCAGGGCCGAAGAUCUAGACAACAGGAAUUGAUGUGGCCAGCAAAUCCUUCCUCUUGUUGUUACAAUGCACCAUAUCUCUCAGUGUAUAGUGAAAAUGCAGUUGAUAUCUUCGAUGUGAAUUCCAUGGAAUGGAUUCAGACUCUUCCUCUCAAAAAGGUUCGACCUUUAAACAGUGAAGGAUCUUUAAAUCUUUUAGGAUUGGAGACAGUUAGAUUGAUAUAUUUCAAAAAUAAGAUGGCAGAAGGGGAUGAACUGGUGGUUCCUGAAACAUCAGAUAAUAGUCGGAAACAAAUGGUUAGAAAUAUCAACAACAAACGACGUUACUCCUUCAGAGUCCCAGAAGAAGAAAGGAUGCAACAGAGGAGGGAGAUGCUGCGGGAUCCAGAGAUGAGAAAUAAAUUAAUUUCUAACCCAACUAAUUUUAACCACAUAGCCCACAUGGGACCUGGAGAUGGAAUACAGAUUCUAAAAGACCUACCUAUGCCAGGUUUCCCUUAUCCAUCCCCUCAUCAUCACUCCGGUCUGAUCUCCUCUCCGAUCAACUUUGAGCACAUCUAUCACAUGACUGUUAAUUCUGCUGAAAAAUUUCUCUCUCCUGAUUCCAUAAACCCUGAAUAUUCCCCGUCUCUACGCUCUGUCCCUGGUACACCAAGCUUUAUGACUCUAAGGAACCCUCGUCCUCAGGAAAGCCGAACAGUAUUCAGUGGCUCAGUCAGUAUUCCAUCAAUCACCAAAUCCCGCCCUGAGCCAGGUCGGUCCAUGAGUGCUAGCAGCGGCCUGUCAGCAAGGUCAUCUGCACAGAAUGGCAGCGCAUUGAAGAGGGAAUUCUCUGGAGGAAGCUACAAUUCAAAGCGGCAGCCCAUGCCUUCCCCGUCAGAGGGCUCUUUGUCUUCUGGAGGUAUGGACCAAGGAAGCGAUGCCCCAGCAAGGGAUUAUGACGGAGAGGACUCUGAUUCUCCAAGGCAUUCCACAGCUUCCAACAGUUCCAACCUGAGCAGCCCCCCAAGCCCAGUUUCACCCCGAAAGACCAAGAGCCUCUCUCUGGAGAGCACCGACCGUGGGAGCUGGGACCCGUGAGCCCAGGGUGGCCCUCACCCCAGCACCCCCUAUUGCCUCUUCCCUCACUUGCAUCUCCUCCCUCCACCUCAGCCUGGAAUCCACCAGGAGCUGGCAGCAGUAGCAGGGUAGGGACUCAGCAGUUCUGAAGACACACCUGGCAGAUCAUGCUCCCUUACCUAACAGCCACAACAGGCAGGCUUCGGCAAGCAGCUGAGGUCAAUGUCGAUUCAUUCCGUACACUUAGAGUUGCUUUCAGUAACAUUUCACCCCUUCCCAAAAGGUAGCUGCAGUAGACUACACAAAUAUAAGUGAUAAGAGUAAGAUUAGACAGAUCUCGUUUUCACAAUAGCUCCUCAAUGUAGCCUCAGAUAGUACAUGGGAUUCUGCACGCCGGAGGGACGGUGUCCUUGGAAAGGUUGCUGAGCAAGCCAGUGUCAGUCCAGUUGUUGCCAGGAAAUCCUCACAGAUUAAAACAAUGCAUAUUUUACUACAAUACAGAGUUUAAAUAAAUACAUAAAUGUAGAAGUUAAAUACUGAAUGUACAUAGUCAAAAGAAGCAUCUUGUAUUCAAUGAAAGAUGGAUGCAUAUAUGAGAGAAAGAGAUCAUUUAAUUUAAAGCAAUGUGUUGUUUUUUGUCUGUUUCCCAGCUAAGUCAAGUACAGGGUAGAAAGGCCUCAAGCUGACAUUUGUGGAGGGAGAGUGGGAGAAAUCCCCAUCCUUGUGGUGCCCUGUCCUCAAGACCAGUGACAGGCUGUGGCCACCUUGGGAGCUUCUAGGGAACAUUUGGAGACUCUGGCUUUGUUGGUUUAUAGUACAACCUGGGCACCAGUGUUUUAACAUUUAAAGCCACUCAGUUUCAAAAAAAAAAAAACAACACUCACCUCUACCCCAAAACACUUCUUUUUCUAGCAAUAGUGUGAACCACACUUUUCACUUCUUACUAUAUUUUGCUAUCUGCUGCAGAUGAAUGUAGUAAUAUGAUUUUGUUACCAUGUGAUUCCUUCCAUUUGGAAGGGCACAGGAAUUUCAUGGGUUUUGAAAGUCCAUAAAAAGUUCAUAGAAGUGCUAUGUUUUUGAGCAAAUCCAGUUCCUCCUAUAAGGGUAUGGUGAGGUGGUCUGGCCCAGGUAUGGAAAUGGCUUUCGAAGGAGAAGACUUGUUGAGGGUGGGUAACAGAGUCCUGGGAAAAAAGACUUACAGAUAAUAUGAAACCUCAAAAGCAAGGACUUGCUCAACCUCAACCAAAUACUCUUUCUCCUGUGUAGGCAAGAAUGAGUGAGGAAGUCAGUAUGCAGGCAGGAAGCUGGCCCUGCAGGCCUUUCCACUGAAUUCUCCCUCAGUUGCUAUGUUAUUUUGUUACAUUUCUUUUUGAAUUCCUGCUGUUGUACUUGCCACUAGGAAAUGAAAUGAAGAACCAGAAGAAUUUAGUUCUACACAGUAAUUUCACCACUUAAGUAUAUGAGUAGAGAAAGAGAUAAAAAUAAAAAUAGCUCAUGGAAGCAAAGAAAAUCUGCCUCACUUUUACUUUUCACACAGGUUUCUGGGAGAAAUAGAAACAAUUUUCUCCUCCCUAUAAAAUUCAGCUAAAAUGAAGAAAAUUCUACAGUUGCCACUUGGGGGUGCCGUGGCCAUCUCAGCACAGGUACCUGGCACUUUUCAUCAGCAGAACCUGGGCCAAUCUGCCACAGCUUGCUGCCCAGGCCGUGCUGUUUCUACGUGCACACUACUUUAUGGAGAAAGGGCUACUGAUAUUAAAUGAAAGAAGGGAUCCUUUGGGGGGAUUAGAGUGAAGUGCUUAAAACAAUUGCUUUGAUACUGAAACAUUCUAAAUUUGCUGCUGGCUCAGGUCUGAUUAUAUUUUAUUUUGAAUGGGCAUAAACUGCUUUAGUUCUACUCUUCCAAAUAUUUUUGCUUUUGGGAAAAGAAGUAUCUCAAAAAUGCUUCUGUUCAUCUAAUUAUCAAGGGUCAGAUCCCAAAUGUGGUCAUUGCCAUUAUGUACUAUUCUGGUAGCUGCUUAAACUUGACACUUUGCAUGAAAAGGAAUCAACUAGCCAGCCAAUUAUGACCACCAGCUCCCCACCUCUUCUCACCCUCACUAAACAAUUAGUUUGUAGCUUUGACAACUGAUUGUGAGUUUUUGUUGCCUAUAUGUGCUUAUUUUUCAAAGGAUGCUUUUAGAAUCAAAACCUACCUGAACUUUAGGUUCCACUACCAUCAGUCCUACUACUACUUAGCCUCCCAGCAGGGAAAAUGAGUGAGUGAGUGCCCCCAAAGACAAGCUCAUCUCAGCUGCCAUCUGAUGGGCAGCUGAUUCAUGGUAACCAGUGGCUUGCACCACAGUGCUGUGAAUUUCGCACUGUAAUCAUAAAUUGUCUUGCACCAUGAGAGAGGAGUCCCAAAUAUGCUUAGACUCAAAAGUCAGGACUUUGAAUGGAGUGGUUCUUUGCCAGGGGAGUAGUAGUUUUGGGGAAGAUUUUCACAAGAUAAUGAUCAUCCUGGUAUGCUUAUCCCACCCUUAAAUAUGAAGCUUCUAAGAAGAAUGAUCUGAAAAGACCAGAAACAGGCUCCAGGAAAUCAUUCAGAGGUAUCCAUUAACAAAGAUCACAGGAAAGGUAUUUUGUUGCUAUCUGAAAUCGUCCUUUUUUCAUGCAGGACAUCUUAGAAAUGUGUAUGGCAACAAAUUAAUUUCUCCAUAGAAAACAAUGCAUUUAAAGGCAUUUUUGCAUAGUGUCUACAUGUUGGUGUUUGGUGCUAUCCAUGUCCAGCCAGUGUGUUACUUAUCCUUAAGUUCUGGCAAAUCUUGUCCUGUGCUUUUUGGGUGUGCAAAAUUUUACGUAUACAUAUAUAUUUCUUUUGCCAAAAACAAAAGCCUUCCUCGUGAAAUGAUUGCUAAAGCAGAUUUCACUUCUUUCAUAAUUAAAAUACACACACACACGUAUACCUAUUACACCUACACUUAGCGACUUUCUUUCCCAGGGAGCACAACUUUAAGGCUGUGAGAUACAACUAAAAAGGGACCAUCUAUUUGAUUUUCCAGCCAAUUCUUGUAUCCAGGCUUCAGGGGAGAAUAUGAAAUUCCUGUUUUGUUUACAGCAACAAUCUCGUUCCCCACUGACUCUCAGCCUCCCUCUCCUUCCAUAUGAUUAACAUCAUGUUAUGUUAUUUAGUGACCACAUCUAUUUCUAAGAAAGAGCAGUUGGUUCGUUUGGAAUCUCAGGUAUCAUUAAGGAAAUGCCAGAGUGGGGGUGGACAGAUGACCCAACACCCAGGGCCAUUUGCCAGCCUUGGCAGUGACCACAUACUAGUCUCCCAAUUCAGUGGGCCUGGCAGAGGCCACCACCCACUCCAGACAGAGAGACACUCGGAGCAGCCUGACGCUCCUGCUGUAAGUCACGCUUUGCUAUAGCCCAAGUCCAUUGGGCACAACAGGGAAUUAAUUGGGCACUUCCUUCCUCACCUCUCCCAAGCCCAGCCCCUGAAUUAGAUAAGCUUCAUGGCAUUUCAUUGAAAGCCUCUUUCCUUGUUAUGACCUUCAUUGUUCCUCAAAUCCAGAGUUCUUUGUUGAGUCCUGCUGGAUAAGGAGGGCCCUGCUUCAGGGGAGCACUGUCUUCCACCAGCACCAGCAGCAGGCCAACAGCUUCUCUACCACCCCAAGGACGACCAUUACACAAGAGGCCACCACUGCAUUUGCAGAUCGGACUGACCACCACGAAUCAACCUUGAUGUCUCGUGAAAGCAAAAUGACCUGCCUUUUUAUUUGAUAGGAUAAUAUCAUUUAUUUUAUAAAUUUUUAGGUUUUUUUCCUCAUUGUAAUAUUAUUGUACAGUUUUGCAUGGCCUAGGUGUAAUCAUUUUUGUUUAGAAUAUAAUGCUGACUGAUAUGUGUGUAUGGAAGGGGAAAAGAUAUUGCUUUCACCUCUUAUCACUUCUUUUGUUUGUUUUUAUGCCCCCAAUGUCUUAGGGAACUUUAUAAGAGAUUAUCUGCUACCAAACAAUGAUGUGAGUUCUUUUGCACAGAAAUAUUUAAGGUGGGAUAGUCAAAAAUGUUAACAAAAGACUUCUCACGAAUAUUUUAUGUUGGUAUCACUUAAUAUUAACCAGACUUUGAUGUACUGCAAUAAAACAGGGAACUGUUACAAUUGAA